UUGGUAAACAGAAGCCCUGUGCCGUGGUCUUUCUGGUGUGCUUUAUUUAGACACAGAAAAUGGGGGAAGCAGAAGCUAUACCUGCCGAUGAAAAACAAGCGGAUUCCGGCUCCAGUCCAAUUGAAGAGUCGGUGGUUUGGAGUCAGGAGGUGGAGGUGUGCCUGUUUCAUGCCAUGCUAGGCCACAAACCCGUAGGUGUAAAUCGUCAUUUCCACAUGAUCUGCAUUCGGGAUAAAUUCAGCCAGAAUAUUGGGCGCCAGGUGCCCUCUAAAGUCAUUUGGGAUCACUUGGCGACAAUGUACGACAUGCAGGCGCUGCAUGAAUCAGAAAUCUUGCCUUUCCCCAACUUGGAGAAAAGUUUUGUUCUUCCAGAUGAUAUCAUUCAGGAAGUAAAAGAAGGAAAAGCUGGAAUUGAAGAAGAAACUAGAGAGGAGAUCAAAGAAGAAACGGAACAGCCAGCAUUAGUAGAAGAAGGGAGCAACUGCUCUGUGAAACUGGCAGAAAAGGCCAGCAUCAAAGAAAAGGAGAAAGACAGAGAGAAGGGUUCAAGUGAGAUUGCAGCGAAGGAGGCUGCAGACAAGCGGAAGCGGAACCGAGUGACUGAGAAAGUGUUGAACGCAAACAGUAACCCCUCCAGCCCGAGCGGGGCCAAGCGGCGCAGGACGUAACAUGAAUGCCACCAAACAGCAGCCGCAGAAGGGAGCCACGCUUCUCGAAAAAGCGGGGAGCGAAAUAACACAGGAGGGAAACUGGAUACCAUUCCAAUAUCUAAUCUGAAGCUGAGGAUCUGAUUGCUUGUUUGUAAAAGUUACCUAAGAUCUAUCCACGUAGUUCCGUAGUGUAUCUGGAUAAUGUUAGACACUUCCAAGGCUUCUGAUAGGUCUGAGUGUAACUGGUCCACCUGUUUUAUAUUAUCAGAAACCACCUUUUAUGUUUAUUUAAUUUCCUAAUGCCACUGCUUGAUCUCCCCAGUAGUAAGUAAACUGGAUUUAAGAAUCUACUCGGAUUGUGGUUCCCCCAGUGCACUACCCUUUGUUGAAGAUAAUGCAGCUCUGAAUUAUAAAUAAAACUUUUAACUAAACAUGCUGUAUAAAUUUCACAUACUGGGUCUGUACAGUGCAGUGGGAGUCUUAUUUCAGUCUCUGCAAAAAAAAAAAAAAAACACCCAGCUGAACAAGAUAUAACAAAGACAACCAUACAAUCCAAAAAGGCCUGUUUGGAUUGCUAUUUAAUACAGCUUAAAAUACAGAUGUUCAUAACCACUUUAAGCUGUGUUUGUACAAGAUGCAUUUUUUCACUGUGAUCAUAUUUUUUUUUUUUUUAAAUCAUUUUUCAGUAUGUAUUUCCAUCUGUGGGAGACCAUUAUUAUGCCUCCUUUGUCUUGAACACUGCCGUGCUAUAGAAGACACUUCAAAUAAAUCUUGUGCGUUCAAUAUACAAACACACUUGUAAGUCAGGGAAGCAAACGCUCUUGUUCUCAAAAAUGUACCCAUGUACCCAAGUCUUGCAUAGUUCAUUUCAGUGAAAGUUCAACUGGCACCAAGUGAUUUUCUGUUUUUAAUUAUUUUUGGAACAGAAUGCCUGGGUUUCCUUUCUUUUUUUUUUUUUUUUUAUAUACAUUUCAUCAGGGAUAGAAAGAAGACUCCUGCUGGAGAGAAGUUUGAUAUAUUUUCAACUUUAUAACCUUAGCUGAAGUGCAUCGGAUAAAUAACUGCAUAUUAAAACAAAUUUGGACCCUUGUUUUCAGUUCGAUUUUGUGAUGCUAGUGUGCCGUGGCUGACUGAUGUAUGUGAAAUUCUUCACAUGUUCACUAAGAUCACAGUUUUUAUUUUAUUUGUACAGGUAUGGUGAAUAGUGCUGAUUUUCUUUUAAAUGAGUUAAAUGUGGUCUGUUCAGAAGCAUUACUGGAGCCUGGCAGGACAUGUACAGGCUCUGGUAUUUGCUUGUUUGUUUACUGUUUGUAAAUCUUACACCAUCUUUUCUGUACAGUGCUUGUGUUGUAGAGCAGCAAAACAAAGAUUUCAAACCACUUAAAGUUUUCAGUACAGCUAACCCUGAUUUUAUUUGUUAGUCUUUUCUUAUACAGGUACACAUGCAAUACUUGAAUUGUCCAUUGUUUGUCAUAUUGUUUUUUUUUUUUUUUAUGAUUUAACAAUUUCGUUUUAAGCAUGUUUUAUUAAACAUUUACUUGAA